ACUUUAUACCUUGUAUUUCUAACGUCCUUUUUAAUACGUACCUCGCUGCAAUUUUAAGUAACUAUUUCUUUGAUCUCAGAAGGUUUUUAAAAGUUACUGAUAAACUCAGGAGUUACUAAGUGACAGUUUGUGAUACAUGAUGUGGGCAAGUUUGGCACAGGUGUUCUGUCGUAUUAAUGAAGGAUAUUAUAUUCCUUGAUUUAAGUUAUAGCAUAUUUCAAUUUUUGAACUAGGUGGAACUUAACAUCAUACUCCGGAAAUCCACUAUCUAUGAAGGAGGAUAAAUAAUUUCUUUGGUCAGAGUGAUUACAUAUUUUUGUCAUGGAUAUAAAGCAAGAAUUUGAUUGCAUGGUUGAAACAUUUGAUUCUUCUGAAGUUGAUACCGAGGAACUAUCAUCUAUUUCAAACUUAUGCAAAGAAGAAGUUCUUAUUGAAGAUGAAUUUAAAUUGUUUAAAGAUAGUGAGUCUGAUGAAGUAGAAGAGGUUAAGGUAACUCCAGAUAUUGCACAUUGUUCAAGUUCUGAUGUCUCAUCCAGUUCCAUGUUACGAUGUUAUUCUUGUAGUGAAGAAUUUGAAAAUGCCUCUUCUCUUGAAAUUCACAUUAAAGAGAUCCACAUAAAUGAAUUGGCAAUGUGUUAUGGUAAAAUAUUUACCAAAACUGACAUACUCCCAGAGGAAGGUUGGGGCUAUGUGGAAGAUCCUCUCCCAAAGAAGAGGAAGAGUGUAAAAAGGGUGUUACAGUGUGACAAGUGUGAUUAUAAGACAGACAGAACUGGUUCCAUGAAAUCUCAUAUGGUAACUCAUUCAACAGAAAAACCUUUCCAUUGUACAUUAUGUGAUUAUAAAGCAUCGAGACCAGCUGUUUUAAAGAAACAUAUUAUGAUACACCACACUAAGGAAAAACCUUAUCAGUGUGUAGUAUGUGAAUAUAAAACUGCUUAUCCUAGUUGCUUAAAAAGUCAUAUGAUGACUUAUCAUACUAAUGAAAAACCAUUUAAAUGUACUAUUUGUGAGUAUAGAUCAGUUGAUUCUGGGGGUCUUAAAAGACACAUAAAAGGUCGUCAUUCUAAUGAGAAAGCUUUUCAGUGUUCAUUGUGUGAUUAUAGUACAGGAUACUCAAAAUGUUUAAAAAUACACAUUAUGGCUCAUCACACCAAUGAAAAACCUCACCAAUGUACUAUUUGUGAUUACAAGUCUACUUAUUCGCAAGAUUUAAAGAGACAUAUGAUUAUAACUCAUAACACUGAAAAACCUCAUCAUUGUACUUGGUGUGACUAUAAAACUCCUAUUUUAAGUUACUUAAAAACACACAUAAGGAUCAAUCACACAAAUGACAAACCUUAUAGUUGUACUUUGUGUGAUUAUAAAACCGGAAGUAGUAACAAUUUGAGGAACCAUACUAUUACACAUCAUUCGAAUAAAAAGCCUUACCAAUGUUCUCAAUGUGAUUACAAAACUUCUCAGUGCAGUAACCUAAAAGUACAUAUUAGAACUCAGCAUACUAAAGAGAAACCUCACCAAUGUUCACAAUGUGAAUUUAAAACUGCUUAUUCACAGUUUUUAAAAAUUCAUGUUAUGGCUGUACAUUCAAAAGAAAAACCAUACCAUUGUGCUUCAUGUGAUUAUAAAACUGCUAUACCUUCACAUUUGAAACGGCAUGUAAAUAGAAUACAUCCAGAUUAGAAAUUCUCAUUGAUUUAUUUAUU